AUGGCGAGGAUAAAGGUGGAAGAAUCGACCAAUCACCUUCCCCUCACUCGCAUCCUGCGCUCCAUGGAUGAGCUGAGCGUGAGUGUGAAUGUAAAAAGCCAUAUUGGGGGUUUCUACCAGGACAUCAGCCGUCUGGAGAUCACAGGACCUAUCCUCCCCUCGUCUCUCCACACAAUCACCAACCUCCUCCGGCUGGCACAGAAGGGACACUUCUCCUCUGCUCUCUGCACACACACUCCUACCGCUGCCAUGAACACACACACCACGGAGCAGCAGUUCUCAUCCUGCUGUCCACCCCAGAAGGGCAGCAGCUCCUCCACCCCUGAUGUGUUAGCAGUAGAGAACCAGGGUGACAGUCUGACCUCUUACACCCCUCACCCCGGCACUGUUAUCCCCAAUCGGAUAUUCGUCUGCGGAAUCGACAACAAGACUAAUGGAGUAUGUUUGAAAGGCAAGAAGCUCUGCAUCGCUCAGGCUGUCCGCAAGCCCAGAGCCUCAGGACCACCACCUAAGAGGACAACCCCUUGUUUCGCCGUGCCGAUGAGCUGUGACAGCGAGUACCUGAACACAUCUGCAGGGUUUCCAUACACCUACAACAACGGAGUGGCCUACUUCUAUCAUCCAUACUGCCCCAACAUGAGCCCUCCUGCCCCCCAGUGGCCUCCUGCUCCUCCAGUGAUGCUUCAUCGGUCUCCUCAGCCCGUCUACCAGCAACCGGUCUAUCACCAGCAACCGGUCUAUCACCAGCAACCGGUCUAUCACCAGCAACCGGUCUAUCACCAGCAACCGGUCUAUCACCAGCAACCGGUCUAUCACCAGCAACCGGUCUAUCACCAGCAACCGGUCUAUCAUCAGGAACCGGUCUAUCACCAGCAACCGGUCUAUCACCAGCAACCGGUCCAUCACAAGCAACCGGUCUAUCACCAGCAGCCGGUCUAUCACGAGCAGCCGGUCCAUCAUGAUCAGCCGGAACCGGUCCAUCACGAGCAUCCGGUCUAUCACGAGCAUCCGGUCUAUCACCAUGAACCGGUCCAUCACGAGCAGUCGGUCCUUCACGAGCAACCGGUCCAUCACCAGGAACCGGUCCAUCACGAGCAGUCGGUCCUUCACGAGCAACCGGUCCAUCACCAGGAACCGGUCCAUCACGAGCAGCCGGUCCUUCACGAGCAACCGGUCCAUCACCAGGAACCGGUCCUUCACGAGCAGUCGGUCCUUCACGAGCAGCUGGUCCUUCACGAGCAACCGGUCCAUCACCAGGAACCGGUCCAUCACGAGCAGCCGGUCCUUCACGAGCAACCGGUCCAUCACCAGGAACCGGUCCUUCACGAGCAGCCGGUCCAUCACGAGCAGCCGGUCCUUCACGAGCAACCGGUCCAUCACCAGGAACCGGUCCUUCACGAGCAACCGGUCCAUCACGAGCAGUCGGUCCUUCACGAGCAGCUGGUCUAUCACCAGCAGCCGGUCCAUCACGAGCAGCCGGUCCAUCACCAGCAGCCGGUCUAUCACCAGCAGCCGGUCUAUCACCAGCAGUCGGUCCUUCACGAGCAGCUGGUCUAUCACCAGCAGCCGGUCCAUCACGAGCAGCCGGUCCAUCACGAGCAGCCGGUCUAUCACCAGCAGCCGGUCUAUCACCAGCAGCCGGUCUAUCACGAGCAGCCGGUCCAUCACGAGCAGCCGGUCUAUCACCAGCAGCCGGUCUAUCACCAGCAGUCGGUCCUUCACGAGCAGCUGGUCUAUCACCAGCAACCGGUCUAUCACGAGCAUCCGGUCCUUCACGAGCAUCCGGUCUAUCACCAUGAACCGGUCCAUCACGAGCAGUCGGUCCUUCACGAGCAGCUGGUCUAUCACCAGCAACCGGUCUAUCACGAGCAGUCGGUCCUUCACGAGCAGCUGGUCUAUCACCAGCAACCGGUCUAUCACGAGCAUCCGGUCCUUCACGAGCAUCCGGUCUAUCACCAUGAACCGGUCCAUCACGAGCAGUCGGUCCUUCACGAGCAACCGGUCCAUCACGAGCAGUCGGUCCUUCACGAGCAACCGGUCCAUCACGAGCAGUCGGUCCUUCACGAGCAACCGGUCCAUCACCAGGAACCGGUCCAUCACGAGCAGUCCGGUCCUUCACGAGCAGCCGGUCCUUCACGAGCACCGGUCCAUCACGAGCAGUCGGUCCUUCACGAGCAGCUGGUCUAAUCACCAGCAGCCGGUCCAUCACGAGCAGUCGGUCCUUCACGAGCAGCCGGUCCUUCACGAG